UUUAGUUUAGUGUUGUUGUUUCAAAGUGAAGAAAAAAAACAAAUUUGUUUAUAAAUUUUGUGAAAUUCUGUGUUUUUUGUUUGUGAAAUUAUUUGUGCUAUAAUUAUAAUAGAUAAUUAAUAAUAUAUUACAAAAAUGGAGGGACCAAAAGAAUUAUCAUUAAGUGAAAUACGUAAAUACAUGCUGGACAAUGGUUGUAAAGUAACAAAUCAUGCCUUAGUGAAGCAUUUUAAACGUUUCCUCACACAUCCCGAGACACAAAAUGAAGCUCGAAAAGAAUUUAAAACUUAUGUGAAUAUAUUGGCCACCAUUAAAAAUGAAAACAAUCAAAAAUAUUUAAUUUUGCGUAAGAAAUAUUUAAAUGAAUGUCCGUCUGAGGAUGUAGUGCAACGUGCUGUUUCACAGGCUGGUGAUUCUGAUUCAGUGCCCAGUAGUCCCGGAGGAGUUUCUUUAACUUCUGAUGCGGUGGCUAGUUCUCCUUACCGUCAGCCACCACCGUAUAAACCUCCACCAGAGGUUUCUUCUCCUCUGACUAAAGUUUCUCAAACACCAGUUGCCACUGGUGUUGCUGUUCAUACGGAAAACGUUGAAAACUAUCGUGAUUGUGUUAAUGAGUUUACUACGGCCAUGUCACGUAUUGACCCUAAACGUCUUGAACGUCAAUCUUCUGAAAAUGAACCUCCUACCCCUACACCCCAGGGAGAGGAUAAUAAACGUAAGGAAUUGGAAGAAAAAGCCAAUCGUGAAAAAAGUGUUUCAAGAGCUAAUUCUGUUGAUGAGUCCGGAGGUAAUAAGGAAAAUAUUCCUCGUUUUUCAUUUUCAUCCGGUUCUUCGGCCACCUCAACUGAUGGUAGUGGUGAGAAAUCAUCGGGUCCCGAUGUGGACACUGAAAAUCCUAUAAGUGUUAAGGAGGCCACGCGUAAAUUUAAUCGAAUGGCAUCAGAGGAAGAGGCGAAAAUUAUUUCACCACCUUCGAAAAAGAAACCGGAAAAGUUAAUCGAGGAGAAAGAGUUACCCGAGGUAACAUUGGCUCAUCCCAAGGCUAAAGAAUGGAUUGUCUCUAUGGCUAAGGCCAAUUAUCAGGAAUUAGCCAAGUUGGCUAAUGAGUAUCCGGAAUUGGUGAAAUUGCAUGAUCCAGCAACGGGUACUGCUUUGCACUGGGCUGCCAAACAAGGCAAUGAAGAUGUUGUCAAAUUAAUAGCGGGAACCUACAAGGCCGAUGUUAAUGCUCAAACGAAUGGGGGUUAUACUCCCUUACAUAUAGCCAUGCAAUUUGGAAGAUCCAAUAUAUUUGCUUUGCUCUGCAAUACUUACAAGGCCAAUCGUGAUCUGCUCGACUGGGCCGGCAAUAAACCUCUGGACUAUAGUAAACAACAGACCAGCGUCUCGGCUUCCACCUACAGCAAAAUCAAAGCAAAGAGAAAACCUACAGUCGAAAAAGAUUCGGGAUUCCUACGGAUUGGCUCUUUGAAUGUGCGAGUGAAGAAAACGACCGAAGCAUUCAGCAACUUCUUGGGAGUGGGCAAUGGCACGAUACACUCACACCACCAACAACAACAACAUCACCAUCCACACGAAGUCUCAACAGUAAAUCACCCUCACCAGCGCCAUCACCGUCACCAUCAUUAUCCUCAUCAUCUUUACGCUCCCGGUGGUAUGAUGCGGAAUCAGCACCAUCUUCAUCCGAUGAUGAUGAAAAAAUCAGCAACAAUGACAAUGAAGAACCCACCAUCAUCGUUGAACCAUCAUCAUCAUCUCCCGACACCGGGCUCAAGAGCCAGUGUACCAAUUAAUUCAACGAAAUAUGACGUGCUGCACAAGUCUUGGGGUUCUGCCGACAAUAUAACACAAAAUGGUCUUAAGGUCACGAAAAACUAUAAUAAUGAUGACGAAGAAGAUGAUGAGGAUUCUUUAAUGCCUCCACCAAAAGGUUUAGACAGUGUUAAGAAACGUCAAAAGAAUACUACUAAACGUUCUUCGAUAUCCUCAAAUGCCACCGACUCACCCCGAGAUUCGAUAUCUUCAACAUCAAGUUCCAAUUUUAAUUCCGGCUACAGCAGCAUGCCCACAACUCCCAAUCAACUAAGAUCACCUUUAGGUUUAGGUGUACCCAAUAAUUUGACAGCCGAUUCUGAUUCAGAUUCGGCUUGUGGUUUCGAUUCGAAUUGGUCCAUAAAUGGUCGCAGUUCAUUAAGUAGUGGUAAUUUAAAAACUUCGAAAUAUUAACAAUCAAAUGAAUGCAUUAAUAAGAAUACAAAAUAUAAUUUGUAUAAACAAAAUUUACUAAACCUUUUUUCAAUUUGUAAUUAGUAUUAAGCUAUUAUAUGUUUUACUGCCUUAACAAUAUAUAAAAUAUCUGUUUAAUGUUAAAAUCAUACUACUAAUUCAUAUGUUCAAAACUUUUUCUUUUGCUAAAUAUAACAAUAAAUAUUUUAAUUAAUAACA